CUACCGAAAACGGAUCACUCUAACCUCACCUCGAGAGCCUUCACCGUUGCCAUCGCCUUUGCCACCGCCAUUGCCACCGCCAUUGCCAUCGCGGUCGGACCUAAUGCCUUCACCCUCGGCCUUACAGCCUUACAGCCUCGCACAUCAAGGCAAACCCCCAACCAAUCUCUAAAAGCCUUCAACACAUCGCAGCACAGCACAGCACAGCCAUCAUGUCAUCACACCAGGCGCUCCAGGGGCACCUGUGGUCUGGCUUCUUUACCGGAGUUACCACACCACGGCGGAAGAGGAGGAAGGUUACUCCGGUUACCCCGCGGCUGCCCAUACGUCUGCCAGCCGCUGUGCAGACACCAUUGCAACCCCCACGAUUCGAGUUCCCACCUUCUGUCCAUCGCCACUUGCCCCAAGCAAUUGCAGACAUGGUUGGCGAGAGCUCCGGCGAUGAAGACGAGCAGCAGCAGCAGCAGCGAGGGCUUUCACCCGCGGACAGGGGCCUGCAGCGUCCGUUGAACCUCCCCGCUCCCAUCCCUUUCCUUUUUCCCAGCACACCGGGUGGAUCCCUGGUUUAUGAACCACCACCACCCCCGCCACCACCACCAGUUCAACGACCCCGCCCGCAGACACAUGCCAGCAUCAAGGUUUCGCUUCACCGAAUCAUCCAUAAUCAAAAUCAAGCUCAAAGGGAGCGCCUAACAACAUUCAUCGGCAAUGUUCACAUCCUUGCGCGCCACACCACCUUCUUUCUCAAGUACUACCUUGCUGACCAUCCUCUACACGAUUUCCCGGACAUCACCGACAAGCACAUCAGUGUGAUGUUUGAGCUGCUCAACAACCCAGGCUACAAUGGCAAUCCAGUCAUCGCGCAAGAGUUGCGUCCAUGGGUUCAAGAGUACUGUGAUGUUCACGGAUUCGCCCCCAUACGCAUGCGAAAUUGCCAACAGACCGCAGCGUACACGGCUCAGAGCAUCUUCACCAACCUCAAAGUUAACGUACAAGAGCAUUUUAUGCAAAUGUUUCUGCGCUACGUCAAUGAAAGGCUUGGUUUGAAGCAAGUCGUACUGCAUCUCCGUAGAGCCGGAGUCAGCCGAGCGCAGCGGAGACAGUAUUAUCAGCGGGUCCGUCAAUUUACAAAGUACGCGAUGUUUGAAGAGUUUCCAACCAAAGAGGAGUUGGCCGCCUCACACGACUUGAGCGGACCGUGCUCGACGAGUUAUGGGCUCUGUUUCCUCCCCAGGAUGAACCGCUUGCGUACAGCCUUGCGGUGGACGCAAUGCCAUAUUUAGGUGCCUACUGUGAGCUCUCACGCCUCUAUGAGCGCCGUGGAAUGCGGCUGUUUUCGGCUAUCCCGCUGCGCAAAUCUCGAAUCCAGUCAUCUGUUCGGAUCGACACCCUGAUCCUAGGUACUCAUAUCCUGGAUUUCGGCCGACGUC